AAACUCUGCUGAGAGGAAAAACCCUAGGCCUGAAUUCUUUCAGAGAUGAGUCUCCUACGUAGCGCGAUCAGGACGAAUCUCGGUCUCCGGCUACCGGAUCCCAUCCCAGUUCGUCCAUCUCUGACGUGUCUGAACGAAUGGAGGAAAUCUUUCUCCACCGAGACGGAGCAACCUCCGGAAAAGCCGCCGGUCGAUGGAUUUUUUAGGUCUUCGGGAACAGGACCGGUCUAUGGGAAAUUGUUGGGCUUCUCAAAACGUACCCUAAAGACAGAUAUAUUGCAUUUGCUCGAUGGGUGCAAUUUGACACCAGAUGAUAUCAAAUUCAGCUAUAGCCGUGGUGGAGCCUUUGCUCUUUUGGGAACGUAUGUGCGGUUUCCUUCCCGUUCGUCCUAUGAUAAUGCGUUGCGGUCAAUUAUGAAGAAGGGAAAGUUAUACAAAAUAGAGAGGGCUGAACGUGCUCAGUGGGAUCCCCUUCCAUCAUAUGAGGGGAAAGUGGUUGUACUGCAUGGAAUUCCUCUGAAUGCCCUUGUUGAUGACAUAGAACGCUUCUUGUCGGGCUGUGACUAUCAUCCAUCCUUCCAGUUUGUUAGGAGGGGGGGAAUGCCAGAUCCUGUUAGGGUGGCUGUGGUGCAUUUUCCAUCUCAGACCCAUGCCAUGAACGCAUUCUUUACGAAAAACAGGGGCUUCUGUCUCAACAAUCAAGUCAUGAUGCAAGUUCUCCAGUGAUUUUAGGUUCCUUUCUUUGAUCUUCUUUGUGGAUGCUAUGUUUUAUGCAACAGAAUCUGAAGGUAGAUGGUCGAAAGCACAUCUGUUGUUUUCUCUUGGGGUUGAUGAUGAUGUGAUAUCGUCUUUGCAUUUGACCUCGUGGUUAAAACGCCUAAACUGAACUCACUCAGUGAUGCAGACAUUGUGGUUUUGUUAUGCAGAAGCCGAUGAACAAUAAAUGCUAGUUUUUUUUUGUCAA